AUGACAACAACAGUUACAACACCGACAACUACAACAACAUGUACAUGUUGUAAAUUGGAGAUAUUGAGGAAUACACCAAAGGUUACAUCCAAGGGUAGACUAUUCCAUGAACAUUGUUUUGUUUGUAGUAAUUGCAAGUCAUCAUUGGAUUCAUUCUUCUUUAGAGAUGGAAAGUUGUUGUGUGAUCCAUGCGAGUUGGACCUGUACGGACUUAAAUGUGCCAGAUGUACCAAUGUGAUCCUGGACACAUCAAUCAAGUCUCGUGACAAGUCAUACCAUGCAGAAUGUUUCAUAUGUGAUUAUUGUACCUUACCAAUCGAAGGUGGAUACUUCUUUACCAACAAUAAAUUCAUGUGUGAUGAUUGUGAUGCACUUCCAUCUCCACCUCAGCCUAAAACACAACCAUCUCCUCAACCACAGCCAACUCAGACACAGCCACAACAACCAAAGCCACAGCCACAGCCACAGUCUCCAGAGACUCAGGCAAAGACUAUACCAGAGCCAAAGACACAACCAACUCAACCUCAGCCACAGCCAACUCAGACACAGCCACAGACACAGCCACAGCUACCGCCACAGCCACAGCCACCACAGGUACAGGUACAACCUCAGCCACAGCCACAGAAACAGACACCCAUUACAAUCACUGAACCAUCAUCACAAACUCCAACACCUACCUUGUCUCCAUUGUCUGAGCCAUUGACCACUUCUCCAAUACCAGAUACAUCAACCACUUCAACAUCAACAUCAACAUCAACAACAACAACUACAACUCCUACUCCUACAUGUACCAUAAUACUUAGUGAUCCAUCACCAUCCUCUGCAAUUACAUCACCAAUCAACAACAAUAACAACAAUAAUAAUGGAUCACCAAUGUUGUCACCUUCAUCUACUCCAUCAUCGACAAACUCAUCACCGACAACUUCAAGAAGAAGUUCAACCAGCAGUAUUGGUAGCUCAUCAUCUGGUACAUGGUCCAGGGCGACCAACCCAACUGGUGCACCAGUGUUCGAUAUGGCGUCCAUAACACCGUUACCAGCACAGUCCACAACUGCAGGAGGUAGGGCAUUAAUCAAUGGCAAGACACUUGGUGAGUUGUUAAGGUAUCAGACAUUCGACGAGAUAGUCUCCAACGUCCUAGAGAACAACAUCAAAGUGUACAAUGAGAUACCUUCCAACGAGGUGGUACUUGGUGACCUAAUCGCCGCUGGUGCCUCUGGCAAAGUCUACAAAGGAGUCUAUCGCGGCAUCGACGUCGCCGUCAAAGUCUACUGCGAGGAGAACAUAUGCUUCAGUCGACAAGAGUUUGACAGAGAGGUGGCCAUCAUGGGACUUCUGGAACAUGAAUGCUUCACCAAGUUCUAUGGCGCCAACACUGAGAAGGUGUCGUACCUGUUCCAUGUUAGCGAGUUGGUGGCCAAGGGCAGUCUGAGAGACAUCCUGUUGAACAAAGAUAUUGAGUUACCCUACUCAUUGAAGCUCUCAAUAGCCAUCGAUGUAGCCAAUGCCAUGGAAUACCUUCAUUCACAUGGUAUCAUUCAUCGUGACCUCAAGAGUGGCAAUGUACUGAUCGCCAAUGAUAUAAAGGCAAAGGUGAUUGACUUUGGUACAUCGAGAUCGAUUGAUUUGUCAAAGCAGAUGACGUUGAACCUUGGUACAAGUUGUUGGAUGGCACCAGAGGUGUUUAGAAAUGAUACGUACACAGAGUCAUGUGAUGUAUACUCAUUUGGUAUAGUGCUCUGGGAGAUAUAUACAAGGACCGAGCCUUACAGUGGCAUUAACAGUUGGUCAAUACCAGUGAUGGUGACAAAGGGUGAGCGACCAGCCAUUCCAAACGACUGUCCAAGUGACCUGAGCAAGCUGAUGAAAGCAUGCUGGGUGGACAAGGCAAAGAAGCGUCCCAAGAUGAAAGAAGUGCGUUUACAACUUACAAAGAUACAAGAGGUACAUUGGAAGAACAGCGGUGGAGGUUCAAGUAUGUCGUCCUCACUCGGUCGCAACAACAGUCUGACACCCAAUGGAAGUCGCAAAAAGAAGGACUAG